GUGGAAGUUUCGUGUAACAGUUGUUAGCUGGCCAUGUGGAUCUUAAGCGCUCUUGUGCCUAAGAGCUCUCCCGGCUCCCGGGAUAGCUUCAUGUUGGGGAAUAGGUUGCGACACCCAACCCUGUACUUGCAGACCCCAUGGCGCCUGUAUAAGGCAGGUCGACACCCUCCUUUGUUCACUCACUGAUCUGACCUUCCAAUCUCUCUUCGACUCUGUCCAUAAAGGGAACCAUUGAAAGUCAUGUACAGGUUAAGAGCGCUUGGCACAAGACUGCCAGCGGUCGCCUGUUCCAGGCCAACCCCAUCUUUUUUCAUUAACUCACAUGUUCAUACUGCACGUUAUCAAUGCCGACAGCUUGCUAGCGCUGCAGAUUCUGCAACGGGCGAUCCUUUCUGGCGUGCUGUGCCGCAAUGGAAGGAUGUCAGCAAUGCUGAAUUCAUGAGCUAUCGCUGGCAGGUCAGAAACACAAUUGGAAAUAAGGACAAGCUGGAAACGUUCCUUAAACAAGCCCUCCCAGAAGUUCUUACACCGUCAAAGGACCCUCGUCUAAGCGAAAUUGUGACCAGAGAAAAGUUCAUCAAGGACGCAAUGCUAGGCCUCGAGAAUGCCCCAAUGGCAAUUCGAUUAACGCCAUAUACUCUUAGUAGAGUCAAUUGGAAAAAUGCAAUUGAUGAUCCUAUCAGGCGCCAAUUCAUUCCUCUCAAUUCAUGCUUCGUCGAUGAUCAUGAAAAGCUUACUCUUGAUUCUUUGCAUGAAGAGUCAGAUUCUCCUGUGCCUGGACUCGUCCAUCGAUAUCCAGAUAAAGCUCUGAUGCUUGCGACCUCGAUCUGUCCGACAUAUUGCCGCUUCUGCACCAGAUCUUACGCUGUUGGAGAUGACACCAGUACAGUAGAAAAAAAGCGACAGAAACCCAGUCGCAGGCGGUGGGACGUCAUCUACCAGCACCUUGAGAAAACGCCUCAAAUCACCGAUGUCGUGGUUUCUGGGGGGGAUACGUAUCAACUUGAGCCCCACCUCCUAAGGGAGAUAGCUUAUCGGCUACUUUCUAUUGGACAUAUUCGACGCGUGCGCUUGGCUUCCAAGGGGCUUGCCGUUCUUCCCAACAGAAUCAUUGAUCCGCACGAUGACUGGACACAAACUUUGAUUGACAUCAGCAAUGAGGGAAGACGUCUAGGCAAGCAUGUUUGCCUCCAUACCCAUUUCGAUCAUCCUGAUGAGAUCAGCUGGAUCACUAAAGCUGCUGCUCGGCGUCUCUUCGAAAACAAUGUAGUGGUGCGGAACCAGACUGUUCUACUCAAGGGAGUCAACGAUAGCCCAGAGACUAUGGGAAGACUGAUUCGAGAACUCUCCGAUCUCAAUAUCUGGCCUUACUAUGUCUAUCAGUGCGAUAUGGUCCGUGGUAUAGAGGACCUCCGCACCCCUCUCGGUGUUCUGCUUGAUAUUGAGCAACAACUUCGCGGGACCAUUGCUGGGUUUGCAAUGCCUCAAUUCGUGGUAGAUCUACCAGGAGGUGGCGGUAAGCGACUGGCAUCUACGUACCGAACGUAUGAUCAGGAGACCGGCGUUUCCACAUUUCAGGCGCCUGGAUUGAAUGGCGAAAAGGGCCAGAAACUCUAUGAAUAUUACGACCCCAAGCCAGUCCAGGCUCUUUGA